UCAGAGUUGUUCAAAAGGCUCAGUUCGUUCUUGAACGUCCCAUCUGCACUACUACAGGCAGUUGGAAGCCACACGCUGUGUGUUUACUUCUCUGUCUUGUCAACAACAAACUGAACAGAGCGAAACAAUUAGCCUUCUAUUAUCCUCCGAGCCAAGAUGUCCAAACGAAGUGGGAGAUUAGUCCGAUAUUUGUGGUUGUUUGUGGCCGUAGCAGCUCUUUUUUUCCUGGGCUUCAUCGCAGGCUGGUUUGCAAAGCGCACACAUGCAGGCUAUACAGACACUGCCUCCAGCAAGUAUUUGCAGGAGUUCCUGGAAGAAAUGCAGCCCAGCCGAAUAAGAGAGCAUCUCAGGAAAUUUACACGCCUCCCCCACCUGUCCGGCACGGAGCAGAACCUGAAGUAUGCGGAACAGAUCCAGAGCGAGUGGCGGGACUUCGGCUUGGACUCGGUAGAGAUGGUGCCGUACGACGUCCUGCUGUCCUACCCAAACGCGUCGCAGCCCAACUACAUCGCCGUCGUGGACGCAGAGGGCCGCGAGGUUUUCAACACAUCGCUGGCUGAGCCCGUCCCCGAGGGUUACGAAGACGUUGCCAACAUUGUGCCGCCGUACAGCGCCUUUUCUGCUCAAGGACAACCUCAGGGGGACUUGGUGUACGUCAACUACGGCCGCACUGAGGACUUCUUCCAGCUGCAGAGACAGAUGGGAAUCAACGUGACGGGAAAUAUCGUCAUCGUCCGAUACGGGAAGAUAUUCCGAGGCAAUAAGGUGAAGAAUGCCAUAUUGGCCGGUGCAAAAGGAAUCAUUUUGUUCUCUGACCCGGCGGACUACAGCGCUGCAGGAGUCGAGCCCUUCCCUGAAGGUUGGAACCUUCCAGGCGGCGGUGCUCAAAGAGGAAACGUCAUGAACAUGAACGGAGCAGGAGACCCGCUCACACCUGGCUACCCAGCUAAAGAAUAUAUCUACAGAUCCCGACUUGAGGAUGGAGUUGGACUUCCCAGCAUUCCUGUGCAUCCCAUUGGCUACCAUGAUGCAUUUCACCUCCUCAAGAACAUGGGAGGACCCAUUCCACCAGACAACUGGAAAGGAGCCUUAAACGUCUCCUACCGGAUCGGACCAGGUUUUACGGAGGAUUUCCAGAACCAGUCAGUGCGCAUGAAGAUCUACACCAACAAUCAGGUGACUAGGAUCUACAACGUCAUUGGAAGGAUUCCAGGGGCCCUGGAGCCAGACCGCUACGUGAUUCUUGGGGGACACCGGGACGCCUGGGUGUUUGGCGGCAUCGACCCCAUGUCGGGAGCCGCCGUGGCCCACGAGAUCGUCCGCAGUGCCGGCAAGCUGCUCAGCAAAGGCUGGAGGCCCAGGAGAACAAUAAUAUUUGCCAGCUGGGACGCGGAGGAAUUUGGACUGCAGGGCUCCACUGAGUGGGCGGAGGACCACGCCAAGCUGCUGCAGGAGAGAGCCGUGGCCUACAUCAACGCUGACUCUGCCAUCGAGGGGAUGUACACGCUGAGGGUGGACUGUACCCCGUCUUUACACACACUUGUGUACCAGCUGACCAAACAGAUCCUCAGUCCUGAGCCGGGCGAGGAAGGACUUUCUCUCUACGACAGUUGGCACAAGAAGGACAACUGGACGGAUGACCGUGACGCUCCCAGGAUCAACAAACUCGGGUCAGGCAGCGACUUUGAGGCUUACUUUGUCCGUCUGGGGAUAGCAGCUGGAAGAGCUCGAUACACCAAGGACAGGAAAAGCGAGCGCUACAGCAGCUAUCCAGUCUACCACACGGUGUAUGAAACCUUUGAGCUGGUGGAGAAGUUCUACGACCCCACCUUCAGCAGACUGAGGUCUGUGGCCCAGGUGAGAGGUGGUCUGCUUCUCCUGCUGGCAGACUCCCAGGUCAUCCCCCUGGAUGCCAACCAGUACGCCCUGGCACUGCACAAGUACUCACGCAGCAUCGCCACCUUGGCACAGCGCCACCUGGCGGCCAUGCAGGAGCACCAGGUGUCAUUUGACUCCUUGUCCUCUGCAGUGGACAACUUCACACUGGCAGCGAGACACUUCCAUGAGCGACUACUGAACCUCCACACUGCAAAUGCUCUGCAGGUGCGUGUGAUGAACGAUCAGCUGAUGUACCUGGAGAGGACCUUCAUUGACCCCCUGGGGUUACCUGGCAGACCUUUCUACAGGCAUGUGAUCUUCGCUCCCAGCAGCCACAACAAAUACGCGGGCGAGUCUUUCCCCGGGAUUUACGACGCCUUGUUCGACAUCGAGCACGCGGCGGACCAGGCCCGGGCGUGGCGGGAAGUCAAGCGCCAAAUCAGCAUAGCGGCGUUCACGGUCGACGCCGCCGCCGUGACACUUACGCCGCCGGCAUGAAGGAGCCACAAGAGCUAAGAUGAUAAUUAGCAUAUUUUGAUUGACAUGACAAUUGUUUGCUAAAUGUAGAAAAUACGUGAAAGGUUUGUACGCCGAUGGAGAUUUUCACUCCGACUGAAUAUUUUAUUUGUUUUUAGGCAGUUGGCCCCGCCCACUAUUGCUUUAAUCCUUCCAUUUCUGAACAUGCUAUCAAAUAAAUAGAAAAAGUCAUUAAACAAUUCAAUUUUUUUUAAACCUGUGAUUAAUUUGAUCAUUUUAAUAAAUGAGGUUUAUAUUUGUUAAAUGACAAAACUGCUAAAUUCUAAAUGGAAGUUUCCUCCAUCGUUCAAUUGAAUUUGCUCAAAACGCUAGUAAAUUUCAGUAAAAAAUUCUAUUACAUUUUUUUAACUUGUGAUUAAUUUUGUCAUUUUAAUUGAGUGGGUUUAUAUUUGCUACUCAUUUAUAACGAAAAUGAAAAAAACAUUUAAACAUUACAUUUGAAAUUAUUUUUAUAUUUUUUUAAUCAAAUAUAAAUUUAUUUUGAUGCAUGUAUAGAACUAAAAAAAUGAAUUGUACAAUUUUAACAUUUAAACAUAAAAGGUAUAACUUAACUACUUCCGGGAUUCGAACCUAGUACCACUGCUUUUCAAGACAAACUACUGCUGGGCACCAGUGGGAACUUUAUAUUUUUAUCAGUGACGGAGCAGGAAGGGGCUUGGAAUGUUUGCGGUAAAUUGUCAUAUGACGCGCCCUGACAUUCAUUGGUAUUUUACAAUCUGCAAUAUUUCUGCCCAACUUAAUUUAGGCACCAAAAAAAAUCAGCUUGUAUCUAAAAUCAAAACGAUUUAAUCACAGCUACUCUCCCCAUUACAGUUUUUCCCACAUUUGACUUUUUUUUUUAUACUUUUGUAAUCAAACUUAAAUUUAUUUUGAUGCAUGUAUAGAACUAAAAAAAAUAGUUAAUGGGAAAUAAAUUGUACAAUUUUAACAUUAAAACAAAAGGUAUAACUUAACUAUGUCUGGGAUUCGAACCUGGUACCACUUGUUUUCAAGACAAACUACUGCUGUGCACCAGUGGGAAUUUUAUAUUUUUAUCAGUGACGGCGCAGGAAGGGGCUUGGAAUGUUUGCGGUAAAAUUUCAUAUGACGCGGCCUGACAUUCAAUAUUUCUGCCCAACUUAAUUUAGGCACAAAAAAAUCAGUUUGUACCUUAAAUUUUAAAAACUAUUUAAUCACAGCUGCUCUCCCCAUUACACUUUUUCCCAAAUUAUUUUUUUAUACUUUUGUAAUCAAAUUUGAAUUUAAUUUCAUGCAUGUGAAGUACUAAAAAAGGAAAUAAUUGGAAAUAAAAUUGUACAAAUAUUUUUAUUGCACCAGUGAGAGUUUGUUAUAUUUUUUAUCAGUGACGGAGCAGGAAGGGGCUUGGAAUGUUUGCGGUAAAAUUUCAUACGACGCGCCCUGACAUUCAUUGGUAUUUUACAAUCUGCAAUAUUUCUGCCCAACUUAAUUUAGGCACCAAAAAAAAAUCAGUUUGUAUCUAAAAUUAAAACGAUUUAAUCACAGCUACUCUCCCCAUUACAGUUUUUCCCACAUUUGAAAUUAUGUUUUUAUUCUUUUGUAAUCAAACUUAAAUUUAUUUUGAUGCAUGUAUAGAACUAAAAAAAAAUAGUUAAUGGGAAAUAAAUUGUACAAUUUUAACAUUAAAACAUAAAAUGUAUAACUUAACUACGUCCGGGAUUCGAACCUGGUACCACUUGUUUUCAAGACAAACUACUGCUGUGCACCAGUGGGAAUUUUAUAUUUUUAUCAGUGACGGAGCAGGAAGGGGCUUGGAAUGUUUGCGGUAAAAUUUCAUAUGACGCGGCCCGACAUUCAAUAUUUCUGCCCAACUUAAUUUAGGCACAAAAAAAAUCAGUUUGUACCUUAAAUUUUAAAAACUAUUUAAUCACAGCUGCUCUCCCCAUUACACUUUUUCCCAAAUUAUUUUUUUAUACUUUUGUAAUCAAAUUUGAAUUUAAUUUCAUGCAUGUGAAGUACUAAAAAAGGAAAUAAUUGGAAAUAAAAUUGUACAAAUAUUUUUAUUGCACCAGUGAGAGUUUGUUAUAUUUUUUAUCAGUGACGGAGCAGGA